UCUUGUCAAUAUCGAACAUUUCUAAAAAGUGUUUCAAAUAGGUUGUUUCUUUUGCAGUUCUUCAAAAUAUAUUUUUUGUUUAAUAUUAUUGCUUACAACGUUAAACGUUAAAAGUUUUUAUAAUGAAGUGUCAGCUAUGCGGUUCUCAACAGCAGGAUGUAAUACAAUAUGGGCAGUUUAUUCGUAGGCAAAACAACGCUGUGCAUAUGAAUUGCUUGUUUUUAUCUUCUGGUCUACAACGUAGAGGUCGCCACGACAAUGGGUUUUAUGGCUACUUACCUAAUGAUAUUUCAAAACAAGGAAGGCUUUUCAAUGACAGGAUUUGCUGCUAUUGUAACAAGAAUACUGCAAAUAUAAGUUGCAGUAACAAAGAUUGUCAACGUACAUUUCACUUUAUUUGUGGCAUAAACAACGGAGCUAGAAACCAAUUUGUUGCACCCAAUCGUUCGUAUUGUCACCGGCAUGUAAAAGUACCCAAAUAUCGUCCAAAAGCGAGUGAAUAUUGCUGCAUUUGCUAUGAGAAACUGUUAGGGGAAAGUAGUCGUUUCAAGCCAGCGACAAUGUUGCGCGCCCCAUGUUGUCGUCACGUUUGGUUUCACAAAUUGUGUUUGCAAACGUUUGCACAUUCAGCUGGUAAUUCAUUCAGAUGCCCGGUAUGUAAUAAUACGAAUACUUUUCUAAAUGCUAUGCGCUAUUGGGGUGUGUUUGUUCAUGAUAAUAUUGAACAACCAAUAAUAGCUGACAAUCAAUGGCAACAAAACGAAGAAGAAAUGCUUUUCCAUGAAAUUGCCAGAAUUCGUUUCGCAGAACCCAUUGUAGAGGACAAUCAACGGCAACAAUACGAAGCAGAAAGACUUUACCAAGACAACCAAUGGCAACAAUACGAAGAAGAAAGACUUUACCAAGACAAUCAAUGGCAACAAUACGAAGAAGAAAGAUUUUACCAAGGCAUUAUAAGAGGAGGUUAUUACCAUGAAGAAUUACCACGAGUAUAUAAUGAGAGAAGGAGAAAUGAUAACGUUGUAUAUGACUAUUGUUAUGGAAAUUCAUACACUUCCAAGUAUGAAAGCAAAGGCCUGAGCGGGUUAAGCUGGAUCGCAGAUAAUGUGCUCUCUCAUCCGUUUAUUGUACUGCGCCAACAAUGUCAAGUUAACAUCGUAUCCCGAAGGUUUCAUUUACUCCCUUUUUCCUUGGUGCCAAUUAUAAUACAACUGUACUGUCGACAAGGUCAUAAAACAUUUUGGAAAGGUUUUGGCUGUAGCCUUAUAUGUAAAGGCAUAGCAUGGAUACUUGGAAAACCAAUUUUCUCAGGCGAAACAUCGAUUGCUGGCUAUAUAAUAAGCAAAUGUAUCGACGCUGCUACGCUAGGACUAAAAAGAGAUUGUUUAAUAAGCACUGUAGGAAGCUUAUUGGUACCCUAUAUCAGUUCUACUAGUCACAGACGUCAGAUAUCGUUAAAAUCACUAUUUUUUCCAUACUUGUGCGUGGAAGUCGCAAAAGAUGCUUUUAGAUCGCGAGUAAAAAGUUUUACUUUGGCUAUUUUGCGAAACAACAGAAUUUCUGCACCGUGGGAGAAUUAUGAGAAUCAAAAACUUGAAAUGCGUUCUGAUCUUAUUUCACGCAUUAUUACCGAAGUGGCAUUUUAUCCAAUGGAAACCGUACUGCAUCGCCUUCUACUACAGGAUACCGGCACCAUUAUAGAUAACCUUGAUAAUGGUAAAACUGUGCAACCAAUAUUAACGUAUUUCCAGGGAGUGAAACAUUGUUAUAGUACUAUUAUAAAUAUGGAAGGUUACACAGGGUUUUACAAAGGAUUUGGGGCUUUAAUUAUGCAAUUUUCCGUACACACUGUAAUUUUGAAACUUGGAAUGUUGUUAUAUACUUAAAUAUAAGAAUGAAGAAAGGAAAAAUGUACAUACAUAUAUGCAAUUUUAUAAAAAUAAAGUUUGUUCAAACCGUUCGUUAAAUAUUAAGAAAGGCU